UACACCCAGUCUUUAUCUCUUUUCUCACUGUUUUGGGACAAUAGGUGCACCACCCUUUAUCGCACAUUGUCGUGCUGUUUUGGUUGUACCAAUAGAAAAUAACAUGGGCGGGGCCUAAACAUUUCUGCCUCUGGCACGUCUUAUCGAGGAUAGCUCCCGGCAGAAUGGUGCCGCGUUGUGUGGCUUCUGUGACAGAUGGCUGUCUAACAGCCGGGCAUCGCUUCACCAAUUUCUUGGUCCCCACCUCUACGGAGUGAGAAAUUUUAAGCAGGCGUGUUACAGUAACGGAACCGUGUGGGAGGUGGAAGACCAAGAAAAUUCUGUCUGUUCUUCUAGACACGGAGAAUCUGGCUCCAAGGAAGGAAAUUCAAACUAGUGGAAUGUAGCAACAUAAAGACAAAUAGACUUGCUUCAGUGUUUUACUGUACAAAGUGAGCAUCACCAUAGCAGAACACUGUGAAACUUGCAACCUCCUGUCUGAAAUAGUUAAUCCUCUGAAAGAUCCCUGACAACAUGUCUAAGAAGCCUGCUUUUCAAACAUUCAGGUGAUCUUCCUGGAUACUGUGAUGCAGUCUUCAUUUCUCACAUAAUUCCUGACCUGGCCACUAUGGUGUACCAUGCUUUCAAAGGUAGAGGAUUUCACAUGCGAGAAAUUUGAAGCCAACAUUUUUAAUAAGAACAGAUGCCAGAACUGUUUGCGGACCCUCAGUUUUCAUCAGCAUGGCAACCAGAACGUCCUGCAUCAUGCCAAGACUGAAGAGUUGUCUCCACAACUAGAAAGCUUCGAGACAGCAUCAGAAACAGGUGUUGUUGAAUACUGGAAAAAUGACAGACAAGAAGAUGCAUAUAGGGAUGAGAGCUCUUUCUGUAUCCUAGCUCCAGAGUGUGAGCUGUACUUCUGUACAGACAGUGAGGAUAUCACUGAAAGUUACCUCAAACGACUGGUAUACAGCAAUCCUUCUGAGACAAACAUCUGCAACUGGACACAUAAAGAAGAAUCGUCAGUUCUGAGGUUGCAGCAGGUAGAAAUGACAAGGCUAUCCGCUAUUGGGCCUGGCUCUGGCCGAAGAGGCAGUUUGCAUGGCUCAGCUUUGUGGGAUGAAGACACCAGGGGAAGGGGCACGAGAUCACCUAGUCCUACCUGGGGUCAGUCAGCUUUGUCUGAAUCUCGAGGGAGAACAACAUCUUUCAGUUCUAAAAACUCCUCUUUUAGAGAAGACACCAGCAUAACUGAUGAAGGACGACAUGAAGCCUGGAGAAAGAAUCGUGUGGAAAGUGGCUAUUUUUCUUUGGAACGUAGCAAGUCAGAACCAGAUCGCUCUUCUUCACCUCAUCGCAGAAGCAGUGAGGCUAGUGGUGCCACUCUGCGCAGUCGCUCACCAUUGCGGAAUGAAUCAUCCAGUAACAAUCUAAUGAGUAGCGGGAGGCUGACUUCGUCUAUGAGCUCACUAGAUUCUGAGACUAGCGCUGAUCUCCAGAAGGGCCAAGGGAGACUGAGGCGAGACUACACAAUCCUAGCUGACCUUCCCAAACCCAAGCGUAUCAGUAGCAUGGAGACCUGUGAACAGGAAAAAAGGUACCUAGGAAUGAGGAUUCGAAUGCGUAGCCCUGGAAGAGAGGAAGUGGAACGGAUAUUUGGACAUGAACGCAGGAGACCUGAGAUUGUUGAUGCAUUUCAAGCUCUGGAAUCAGGAAUGAUAGAAAGACUGGAUGGAAGGUUAUUUGGCAUAACAGAAAAAAAAAUAACCAGGAGGCAGUCCAGCCCUUCUCUUUACUCAGAGGAUGCAAAAAUGACAAGAGAAGAAUAUAUGUCAUGGCGAGACAGCCUUCGGUCGACUGCUAAACCCAGAAAGGAUGAUGAAAAACCAUCUAGACAGUCAGAAAGUGACUGGAGAGACAUGCAGUUGCGUCCAAGUAAAUCUGAAAAGGGUAAUGCAAAAAGUGUAAGCCAGUCAGACACUGAGAGAAGAAAUACCUAUCUGCGCACAUCCAGCACAUAUGAAAGGGAUGACAAAAGUUUUACAAAACAACUAGAGAAUGACUGGAGAAAUCGGGAUUCGUAUCUGCAUCAAUUAAGCAAAUCUGACAAGGAGAGAGGAAAGGCCACAAGACAGCCAGAAAGAGACUGGAGAAGUGAAGAGGUUUACUUACGUCCAACAAGUAAAAGUGAGACGAGGGAAUUGAAAGGUAUAAAACAGCCAGACACAGACUGGAGAAAUGAGGAAAUUUAUUUACGACCAGGAAGUAGAAAUGAAAAGGUUGAUGAAAAGCUUUCCAAACAUUCAGAUAUGGCCAAACAAAAACGAGAAAGUCACCUGUCACAGUUGCAGUCCAGCAGACAUGAGAAGAUGAACACAAAGCAAACUGACCCAGGCCAGUUAAGGAGCAAAGAUCAGUAUCAAAAGCCAAGCAAAAUGUAUGACAAGGCAGGUCUAAAGUCACCAGAGCCAGGCUAUUCAAGGAGCAAAGAUCAAUAUAUAAGACCAACUGAGAGGUAUGAGAAGACUGAUUUAAAGUCACUUGUGCCAAGAAACAAAGAUCAAUACUUGAGACCCAAUGAGAGGUAUGACAAAAUUGAUUUAAAGCCACAAGAGCCAAAUUAUUCAAGGAGUAAAGAUCAGUACCUGAAACCAAGUGAAAGACAUGACAAGACUGAUUCAAAACCACAAGAGCCAAACUAUUCAAGGAGUAAAGACCCGUACCUCAGACCAAGUGAAAGAUAUGACAAGUUGAAUUCAAAACCCCAAGAGCCAAACUAUUCAAGAAUUAAAGACCAGUACCUGAGACCAAGUGAAAGACAUGACAAGACUGAUUUAAAGCCAGUAGAACCGAGCUAUUCAAGGAACAAGGAUCAGUACCUGAGACCAAGUGAACAGUUCAAGGAAGAGCCAAAAAAGACGAGACACUUGGAACACUCACGUUCUCGGAGCCCAUCCCCUGAGAGGCAAGUCAAACAGCAAAAGCCUGAUCUUUUGAAUUUCAAAAAGGGAUGGAUGUCACUUCUGGAUGAACGUGGAGAAUGGAAAAAGCACUGGUUUGUUCUGACUGAUUCCAGUUUACGGUACUACAGAGACUCCAAUGCUGAAGAAGCUGAUGACCUUGAUGGUGAAAUUGACCUAAUUUCUUGCAGUGAUGUGACAGAGUACCAGGUUCAGCGGAAUUAUGGUUUUCAGAUUAAUACUAGGGAAGGGGUUUUCACACUCUCUGCAAUGACAUCAGGCAUACGCAGAAACUGGAUUGAAGCUCUAAAGAAAAACGUCCGUCCUGCAACUGCUCCUGAUGUCACAAAGAAACAUUCCUGGAAACAAACCCCAGCAGCUGAAGUGAGAUUGUCAGACAGCAAUAAGGAAAAUGCUUUUCGUGAUGCUCAGUCCAGGAAGAGUUCAGCAAGGGUUGAGGAGGAACGACCUGUGUCAGACAUUAUUAUGAGAAGUAAUAGCAACAGAAGAACGGAAUCUCAUAAUCCUAGGCCAAUGACAUUUGAUUAUGUGGAAUUAGAACCUAUCCAGCCAGUGCAUGUCUCACAGGAACAUUCGCAGAGGGUGAAAAGUUCAAGGUUACAUUCUGAAAGUCAGUUGGAAAGCGGCCACUGGGAAGAAGUUGAGCGAGAACAGGCCCAGAAGACUGAAGAGAAGCGUAGAUGGUUUGAAGGCUCAGGCAGCGGCAGCAACAGUAGUAGUGGCUUACAUCGGGAAGACCUCAUCAAUGAAGUAUUGAGAAAGGGAUCAGAGAGAACACUGCAAGCCCCUGCCCUUACAGAAGAGCAGCGGCAUAAAAUAACAGAGGAGAUUGAGAAGAAAUGGCAGGAGUUAGAGCGUUUACCUCUUCGAGACCAAAAGCAAGUUCAGUUGCCAUUAACUUUUUCAAGUAGAACUGGGUCACUUGGUGGAGAGUCGACUGAUGCACUAGAAAAGGACCUACAUUCCUUAAAAACACAGCUGGAAAGAGCAAAGAAGGAUCUGGAGUCAUUCCGAAGACGAAAUGAACAAUUAGAAAGUCAACAGAAAUCUCGGGAAGAUGGUGUACCUAAAGGUUAUGUCAGUCAGGCAACCUGUGAACGCAGUAUUGCACAGAUGCAGGAAACCCACCAGCAGGCUAUGUUGGAACUGCAGCGACAUCAUAAGUGGGAACUGGAGAGGCUAACGCAAGAAAAGGACCAGCUACUAGCAGAGGAGACUGCAGCUACACUUGCAGCAAUUGAAUCUUUGAAGAAGGCUCAUCGAGAAGAGUUACAAAAAGAGUUGCAGAAGGCAUUACGGUUGCAAAAUGAUGGAAAUGGUGUUAAUUUGGACUCUGCAAGGAGGCAGCACAAAUCUGAGAUGGAAGCUCUGCAGAGAGAGCUACAAGUUCUUUCUGAGCAGUAUUCUCAGAGGUGCCUUGAAGUCAGCAGUCUGGCCCGGGAUGCAGAUCAAAGGGAGAGAUUGUUAUCACAGUGCCAAGAAGAGGGGAAACGGUUAUUGAAGGAGAACCAGGAACUAAGUCGCCGCCUGUCCCAGGAAAUUAACCGGUUACAAACACUGGUUACAGAACAUGGAUUGAACAGCAGUAUCUCCAAUGGCAGUUCCGAGAAGAACACUAGUGAGCUUGAGGUAUCAUUGAGAGUGAAAGAAAAUGAGUUACAGUACAUGAAAAAGGAGCUUCAGUGUCUACGAGAAGAGCUACAAACCUGGCAAAGAGAUAAACAAUUUGCAAGUGAGAAGUACAAAGAUGUCUAUGAGGAACUCACACAUUUGAAAACACGAUCUGAAAGGGAAAUUGAUCACUUGCGAGAGCAUCUGAGACUUGCUAUGGCAGCUCUUCAGGAGAAGCAGAUACUGGGAAAUAGCACUGUGCAAUAAAAGACAGGCAUGCUUUCUAGAAAAUAGUCCUGAACAUUGGCUUACUGUGACAUCCCGGGCUCGUGCACAUGGAAAGCAUACACAUAAACUGCUUACCCAAGCUAAUAUUCUGUACUGGGUUUUACUUGCACUUUUUGACAUUUUUAUGUGAAUUAUAAAAGUUUUAUAUGUAUAUUUUUGUAUGUGAAAGAUGCUAACAUCUUGUAAAUGUCUUUGUAAAACUGAACACACUGAGACUACAUUUGAGACUUGAAGACAGUAUAUUGUUUCCAAAUGUCAGAGACAGCCAAGUAAGUAUAGGUUUCAGUGCCCUGAAGUGAAGUCUGGGAGAAGCAGAUAUGCAGGUUUAGGGAAAUUAAUGUGCUUUCUUUUCUGAUCAAUGGCUGAACAUUUCCUGUAUUUUAGAUGUAUCCUGUUAUUAAAGUACAUUAGAGUGUCAGCUAUAGAUCUGACAUAUGUUAGAGUGUUUGAUUUAGUGGCAGAAUUGUAAAGAAUUGUGACUUUUUUCAAAAUUUCAUAGACAUUCAAACAAGUCUAAAUAUGUCAGCUAAAAUAACAUUGUAUGCUAGACAAUGCAUCAUAUAGUUGUUAAAGCACAGUGCAAAGCCUAAUCUUUUUGAUUCAUGUAUCCAAGCUAUCCUGCAAGUAAGACGACCUGGAUGGAUUAGGCAUUUGAAACAAAGCACUAGUUUGACUGGUUGGGUUACCAUGUUGUGAGAUUCUGAGACAAAUUUUUUACUCUGUCAGUGAGAUCCUUGGAAACAGUAAUACAUUUGUAACCUUUAGAAGAUAAAGUUCAGAGGUGAGAUUAUUGUUGAAACCUGGUGAGAUGUGAGUUAGUGAUUACAACUUUCCCUCUGAUAUUUUAAUAUACAUAUAUGUAUAUAUUAUUAUUAUUUUAUUUUUAAAAGCAUUAUUCUUUUGCUGUGAUUUUUAAUAUAUCCUUCUUGCUGUAACUUUUAUGGAUUACUGUAGACCAGCAUUCAUGGUUCUGUUUGUCUGGGGACAUUGAGUGCCCUAACUUGUCCUGGUCCAAGUUCCUUAAUGUGGACUCACUUCUGAAAGAUAGCUUCUUAAACAGUAUUGUAGCUAUUAAACAUGUUUGUGGUCAGGAAGGUCAUGCUCUGGGGUCUGAUGCGAGAGAAGAUGGAGUUGUUGGAAGUCCCCCAUGGAACGUGGAAGCAGCAGCCAGACAUACCAUGAAGUGUGAGAACAGCUGCAGAAAGAAGUGCAGGUCAGACAUUGCUAACUUCACGGGAGGGCAGACAGCUGUAAAGCCAACACAGGUGUAAGCACAGACCCUUGUCGCAUCCUGCAUCACGCACGUGUCUCUUUCUGAUAUCAAAGCAGGCAAGGUGUUCAUUAGAAAUGUGAACAUUGUAGAAUACCCAAGGAUUAAUAUGCACUUUCAGAGAAUGUAAUGCUGGUGGUUGUCUUGUCCCUGAAGUUGUAUAUGUCAUGUUCAGUCUCUUAUGUAAACUUGGGUAGCAAGCACUGAUGGUGAAUGGGAUUUCCUGUAAGAUUCUGUGCUGCACUUGAGGCUGGUGUAACACGAUUACAUUUCCUUUGAACUUCAGAAGUACAUAUAUUCGGUUUCCUGUGUGUCCUGCAUACUUUCAGAUACUUAUGUGUAUUUUUUGGAACAGCUGCUACUCAUUUCUUGCAGUGGGCAGAAUUUUAAUUCUAAAGAAUUAGGCUGUUUGUGAGUAACUGGAGAAACAAAAGCUGCAAUAACAUAUGAUCCUGUGCUGAUGUAUGCAACUAGACUCUCCACUCAUGUUUGUUAACACAUAAGUGCACAUUUCAGCUGGAAAAGAGAACUGAGUAAAAACACAAAAAUGUGA